AUGUUUCGAUAUUUUAAACAUUCCCACUUUGGAAAAAGUCAAGGUGUUCCAUUGAUUUUUGUGUAUUGUGGAAGUUUUGCGUUUUCUAUAACGCUGAUCCCUGUUUUACUCAUGUACGCACCGGUUGGAAUUCUAUUUUGUUGUCUGAUGUUCAAUUUGGAAUUUGGAUCGUUCAGUAGUAUUGCAACAGCUUCGAUCUCAUGCUAUCCAGCUGUGGAUCCAUCGCCAACUAUGUUUAUAGUGGAGAGUUAUAGAAAAGCGAUAUUUGGUUGCUGUAAAAGUCCGCAGUCGAAAAUGAUGAGAUCAGUGGUGGUGUCCAUGUGA